AUGUCCAAGACCUUCUCGACCAGCGACGUUGCGUCGCACAACAAGCCCGAGGACUUGUACAUCAUCGUCGAUGGCGACGUCUACGACCUCACAAAGUUCCAGGAUGACCACCCUGGUGGCAAGAAGAUCCUCCAGCGUGUCGCCGGCAAGGACGCCUCGAAGCAGUUCUGGAAGUACCACAACGAGGGCAUCCUGAAGAAGUACAAGACCAAGCUGCUUGUCGGCUCCCUCGACAGCAAGCCCAAGGCCGCCGAGCCCGCACCCGCCGCCGCCCCUGCGCCCAAGAAGGCCGCUCCCAAGAGGGCCCCCGAGAGCAGCAGCACCGAGUCGGAGCCCAUGGACCCCUUUGGCGAUCUGGUCCCCUAUGCCGACCCCAACUGGUACCAGGCCUACCACACCCCCUACUUCAACGAGACGCACGCUGCCCUCCGCGCCGAGAUCCGCGAGUGGGUCGAGACUAACGUCGAGCCUUUUGUCGGCGAGUGGGACGAGAAGAAGGAGGUCGACCCCUCCAUCUACAAGCAGAUGGGUGAGCGCGGCUACUUGGCCGGCCUGCUCGGUGUCCACUACCCGACCCAGUACACCAAGAGGACGGUCGCCUCGGUCGACCCCAAGGACUGGGACCUCUUCCACGAGAUGCUGCUGACGGACGAGCUGUCGCGCGCCGCCUCGGGCGGUUUCGUCUGGAACGUCAUUGGCGGCUUCGGCAUCGGCUGCCCGCCUCUCGUCAAGUUCGGCCAGAAGGCCCUCGUCGAACGUAUCCUGCCCGGCAUCCUCGACGGCGACAAGCGCAUCUGCCUGGCCAUCACCGAGCCCGAUGCCGGCUCCGACGUUGCCAACCUGACUUGCGAGGCCAAGCUCAGCGAGGACGGCAAGCACUUCAUCGUCAACGGCGAGAAGAAGUGGAUCACCAACGGCAUCUGGUGCGACUACUUCACCACCGCCGUCCGCACCGGCGGCCCCGGCAUGAACGGCGUCAGCCUGCUGCUCAUCGAGAGAGGGCCCGGCGUCACCACGAGACGCAUGGACUGCCAGGGCGUGUGGUCCAGCGGCACCACCUACAUCACUUUUGAGGAUGUCAAGGUGCCCGUUGAGAACCUGCUCGGCAAGAAGAACCAGGGUUUCAGAGUCAUCAUGACCAACUUCAACCACGAGCGUAUCGGCAUCAUCAUCCAGUGCCUCCGCUUCUCCCGCGUCUGCUACGAGGAGUCGGUCAAGUACGCCAACAAGCGCCGCACCUUUGGCAAGAAGCUCAUCGAGCACCCCGUCAUCCGCCUCAAGCUCGCCCACAUGGCCCGCCAGAUUGAGGCGUCGUACGCGUGGCUCGAGAACCUUAUCUACCAGUGCGAGAAGAUGGCCGAGACCGAGGCCAUGCUCAAGCUCGGCGGCGCCAUUGCCAGUCUCAAGGCCCAGAGCACCGUCACCUUUGAGUUCUGCGCCCGUGAGGCCUCUCAGAUCUUUGGCGGCUUGUCGUACUCGCGUGGCGGCCAGGGCGGCAAGGUCGAGAGGUUGUACCGCGACGUGCGCGCCUACGCCAUCCCCGGCGGCAGCGAGGAGAUCAUGCUCGACCUCAGCAUCCGACAGAGCAUGCGCGUGCACAAGGCGCUGGGUAUGAAGCUGUAA